AUGGCAGGGACCGAGGCCUGUGACCCUUUGGAGCAGUUCACCAAAAUCAAAGAACUGGAGCUGAUGCCGGGAAAAGCCCCGGAGGAGGAAAGGGUGGAGGGAGAGCAUGGGGUGUGCAGAGAGAAGGGGCCCUCGAGCCCUGGGGAGGCGGAGGCCGAGCUCCCCCAGGGGGCUCUCCAGACCCAGGUCCCCGAGGGAGAGGCAGCUCUGGUGCUGGCCACCGCGGAGGAGAGCGAGAAGCAGAUCCUGACCCUGCAAGCCGUGAGCCUCAUGUCGGAGGACGGGGAGCUGCAGGACAUGGGCUGGCUGACGCCGCAGCUCCAGGAAGGGGGGCUGCAGGUGCUGGUGCCGCCGGGCGGGGGGCUGGAGUCGCUGCUGUGGGUGGAGGACGAGUCCCAGCAGAGCCUGCACCCCUACGUGGCCAUCGAUAUCCCGGAGGAGCUGUACUCACUGCAGGAGAUGGAAAUGAUGCAGUUUCAGGUUCUGGAGGAGAACGUGGCCGUGGCCGUGGCCGGUGGAGACAGUGCAUUGCUGGCGAGCCCGGAUGAAAGCACCAGGCUGAUAAAGUUUGAGACAGGUCAGGAGGAGGCCCAGCCACCGGCAGAAGGAGGAGUCGAGGAAAACACACAAAAGCAAAUCUUCUUUCUGGAAGCCAGGCCCGGAGACGAAGGAAGAAAUGAAAUUGUCCUGACGAUCUCCAACUUAAACAUCGCGGAACCCGAAGAUCAACUUGCAUCCAGUCAGCCACGUGCUGAAGGAAACCGCCCUGCGGAAAACGGGAAAGAGCCCCAGGGAGGAAAACGAACCUUCCAGUGUGAUUUCUGCGCGUUCGCCUCUUCCAGGAUUUCGAGUUUAAAUCGUCACAUGAAAACGCACACCAGCGAGAAGCCCCACACCUGUCACCUGUGCCUGAAGGCCUUCCGCACUGUGACGCUCCUGCGGAACCACGUCAACACCCACACAGGAACCAGGCCCUACAAGUGUGGUGACUGCGACAUGGCGUUUGUCACCAGUGGAGAACUGGUCCGACACAGGCGUUACAAACACACUCACGAGAAACCUUUUAAGUGUUCCAUGUGCAAGUACGCUAGCGUCGAAGCCAGUAAGCUGAAGCGCCACAUUCGGUCGCACACGGGCGAGCGUCCCUUUCAGUGCCGGCUCUGCAGCUACGCCAGCAAGGACACCUACAAACUGAAGCGGCACAUGAGGACGCACUCAGGUGAGAAGCCUUACGAGUGCCACGUCUGCCACGCACGCUUCACCCAGAGCGGCACCAUGAAAAUACACAUCCUGCAGAAGCACAGCGAGAACGUCCCCAAGUACCAGUGUCCGCAUUGUGCCACGGUCAUCGCAAGGAAGAGCGACCUGCGUGUCCAUUUGCGCAACCUGCACACUUACAGAGCAACAGGGGUGACGUGCCGCUUCUGUUCUACCGUCUUCCAUGAACGCUACGCCCUCAUCCAGCACCAGAAAACUCAUAAAAACGAGAAAAAGUUCCAGUGCGAACACUGCAGCUAUGCCUGCAAGCAGGAGCGUCACAUGACGGCUCACACCCGAACCCACACGGGAGAGAAGCCGUUCAUCUGCCACUUCUGCAGCAAAUGUUUCCGGCAGAAGCAGCUUCUCAACGUCCACGUCAAGAAAUGCCACGAGACGAACUUCACCCCGACCGUUCACGAGUGCCCCAAGUGCGCCAAAGGCUUCUCCCGCUGGAAUAAUAUGCAGAGACACUCAGAGAAGUGUGACUCCGGACAGGAACAGCCGGCCAGCUCAGCAAAAGGAGAAAGAAUGAAGAGGAAGAAGCCGGCCACCCCGAAAGAAGCCCUCAAGGGAGCCGAAGCCACAGCGGAAGAGCAGUCCCCGGGAGAGACGCCGCCGCCUCCCGUCACCGGCGGGGAAGGCACCGCGGCACUCGACCUGGGCGACGGCGCCACCUGCGAGAUGAUCCUGAGCAUGCUGGACGAGUGA